AUGGGUACUCUCAAUGUCCUUCUCAAAGAGGGUAACCAAGACGUGAGUGCGCCCCUAUGGACCCAGGGUGCGGAGGAUCUGAGUGAUCAUUGGUACCUGGGAGAGGUCAGCCUGUCUAGCGCCCUCACCUUCAGAGUCGUCUUUGAAGCAGUAACAGGAGAUUGUGAUUUUGAGAGUGGUACCUGUUCUUGGGAGAACAUAGAUAGAGACGAUCUAGAUUGGAUUACAGGAGAAGGGGCAACCGGUAUGUCAGGUCCUAGCGUUGAUCAUACACCGGGAGAAGCAGGGAACUACCUGUUCGUCGACUCCAACCUGCCCAGCGCCCUGGGCCUACAAGCCUACCUCAUGCUCGGUGCCCCAGCCGCCACGGGGGUCAAAUGUCUUCAGUUCUGGUAUAUGAUGUUUGGUCUAAACAUGGGCCAGCUCCUGGUCUAUACAUCCCAAGCCUCUGACCUGUCCACCCGGGACCUGGUCUGGAUGCUUGAAGGUCAGCAGAGUAAAACAUCGACGGAAUGGAAGCAAGCCUCUGUACCUAUUAAUUUCGAUGAGGUUGAUGACGUAUUCAUCGUGGCGAUACUCGGCUCCUCCUUCUACUCCGAUAUAGCUAUCGAUGACAUCGAUAUCGUGAAUGGAAAUUGUGAUUUGAAUCCGGCCAAGGCCAGCCCUGGAUCCAGUUACAGUCUCAUCGACUGUGAUUUCGAGAAGACUUUCUGUUACUGGAACCAGGAUAUGACUGAUGACUAUAACUGGCAGCUAUGGACGGCUAAUACACCGACACCAAACACUGGCCCAAGCUCCGAUCCAAACUCAGAAUCAGGUUGGUACGCCUAUGCCGAAGCUGACUUGGUGUCUCCAGGCUCCAGGGCUCGUCUUCUGUCCCCUCUAGAACACGAAUCAGCAAACCAGAUUGAAACGUGUCUCGAGUUCUCCUAUCACAUGUUCGGUGCUGACAUGGGUAACCUGUAUGUGUAUGUCGAGAGGACUGAUCUGAACGAGACAGAGAUGAUCCUCAAGAGGGGUGGAUCAGACCAGGGCGCCCUCUGGCAUGUCGCUCAGGUCAACAUCGGGAUCAAACCAGGAGACGGCUUCUAUAGGCUCAUCUUUGAAGCAGUCCGUGGAGGCUCAACAUUGAGUGACAUUGCUAUCGACGAGGUUACAUAUCAUAACGGAACAUGCCCACCUCUUCGAACUUGUGGUUUUGAGACAAACAUGUGGUGUGGAUGGAAGCAGGAUUACACCGAUGAUAUGUUUGACUGGACCAGGGACACAGCCUCUUCCUUACGAUCAGAUCUUAACGAUCAUACCAAUGGUGUGCCCUCUGGCUACAUCCUAUACGCAAACCAAGGCACUCAAACAUCCGGGGACUACGCCACCCUCCUAAGCCCCGCCUACUCCGCCACCUCUACCGGAGAUUGUUUCUCGUUCUGGUACCACGUUCACGGGGACAAUGACGUCGGAUCGCUUCGUGUGUAUGAGUACAUAGAUGGGAACCUUGUCGGCCCGUACUGGAGGUCAACAGGGGUCAAUGAGGGUGAUAACUGGUGGAAGGCUUCUGUCACUCUGAAAUCAAAGUCGUCUUUCCAGAUUGCCCUCGUUGGUGAGGUAGGAAACGACCCGACUUCUGAGCUCGCAGUAGAUGACCUGCAGGUCGAGCAAGAACCUUGUGCUCCGAGAGGUUCUUGUGACUUUGAUACGGAUUACUGCACCUGGAUGAAUGCAGUCUCUGGAGAUGACUCAGACUGGGUGAGGGUUAAUGGAGCUGCUGUAGGUGCUGGGACAGGACCUACCAAAGACCACACCACAGGGGCUAUGCUGGGUUCGUUCGUGUACACUGAUGCUGUUGGUAUGGGCGACACUGAUGUGGCAUGGUUAUUGAGUGAGGUCUAUCCUGCUGGUGAUGUGUGCUUCUCAUUCUGGAUGCAUAUGAACGGUCCAGGUUUAUCUCUGAACCUUUACACGGAGGACCAAUCAAAUCACGUGAAGGACCUCGCUUGGACCAGGUCUGCAAACCUAGGAGAUCGAUGGGUCCAAGGCCUGGUCUCUCUGUCUAGUCCUGACGCGUAUCAGAUCAUCUUAGAAGCACUCUACAGUGGAAACCCAGAUGGCAGUAUCGCUCUCGAUGACACAAUGGUCGCUGAGGGCAGGCUUUGUAAUGAUACCAGUCCAGCUAACUGUGAUUUCGAGGAUGGCAUGUGCGGCUACGAACAGGCUACAGGUCAUGACUUUGAUUGGUUGAGAAACCAAGGGAAAACCCCCUCUGAUAACACAGGACCUGACUACGAUCAUACCACCAUGACAUCUGAAGGCUGGUACAUGUACAUGGAGGCAUCAAGCCCUAACAUGGCAGGUAUGGAAACCCGUCUCCUCAGUCCGGUCAUUGACCUCACCACACGACUAUGUCUUCAUUUCUGGUACCAUAUGUUUGGCCGUGAAGUGGGGACAUUGAAUGUCCUCACGCGUCGCGAGUCCGCCGGACCUUCGGACAUUGGGUCAGUACUAUGGACACGGAGUGGUCAAGUAGGUGACCAAUGGAUGUCAGGAACACUGGUCGUAGGCGAACCAGAUUCAUUCAGGUUGGUGUUUCAAGGCAUCGUCUAUGGGCACGAGGGCGAUAUAGCUAUCGACGAUAUCAGCAUGUACUCAGGAGACUGUCAACGGACGUUGAGCUGUGAGUUCGAGGAUCCUCAGAUUUGUGGCUACGUCCAAGACACGAUCGGGGAUGACUUUGAUUGGACCUUCUGGUCUGGGGACACGCCCACUUCCAAUACUGGACCCUCUGUUGACGUCACAUACGGCACCACCUUUGGUCAUUACAUGUAUACGGAGCUCUCUGGAAAACGGUCUUAUGGUAAUUCUGCGAGGCUUUUCAGCCCUCAUGUUUCCAUGGAAACCACACAAACCGUUUGUUGGAGGUAUUACUACCAUAUGUUUGGACGGGAUGCCGGGAUAUUCCAAGUUGGAUACCGUGAUAUGAAUUUCGUUCAAAACACGUUAGCGACUUUAUCAGGGAAUCAGGGCAACGAAUGGAAGGAAGGUCAAGUGGAGGUCACUGCCAAUGGCUAUGAGAUGUACUUUACUGGUUACUAUACCAGCGGAGAUGAAGGCGAUUUAGCUCUCGACUCGGUUUCCAUGACACCAGGACGAUGUGUUGAUUGUGACUUUGAGAGUAGCUGGUGUGGUUGGGUCAACUCAGAAGGAGAUGAUUUUGACUGGGUCAGAUGGAGAGGUCAAGCUUCUACAUCAGCCACCGGUCCGGCCUAUGAUCAUACCAGACAGACAGAAGCCGGCCACUACCUCCUUUUCGAUACGAGUGCACCUAGAGUACUGGGUGAAUUAGCGCACGUCUAUAACGUGUUUGAAACAGCUGAUAAUGAAAUGGCUUGCUUCACCUUCUGGUUUCAUAUGUUUGGAGACGACGUUGCGGAACUGGAAUUGAUUAGGUCACCUAGUGCUACUGGGAUUGUAGAGUUCGUGUGGAGGUUGAGAGGGAGUCAGAAUGCAGACCAAACAACCUGGCUUCAAGGACAGAUCCCAAUCCAAGGAAGCAACCUGCUCGCUUUUACCGGAACUGUUGGUCCUGGGUAUCGUGGUGAUAUUGCUUUGGAUGACUUCCUGUUUGUACCAGGAGACUGUAUAGUGUUACCCAGGGAAGCUGAUCUACUACCCCCUAAGACCACGCCCAUUCCUUCAACGACACCCACACCCGCUCCCAAUCCAUACAGCUGUGAUUUUGAAGCGGAUUUCUGCAUCUACUCACAAUCAGUAGACGAUGAUAUGAAUUGGACGAGAAAAAAAGGUCCAACCGGUUCAUAUGAUACAGGCCCAUCCCAGGAUCAUACUACUGGAGCAGGUUAUUAUAUAUACACGGAGGCAACACAGGUUGCACCGGGCAGCAUAGCCCAUCUGGAGUCAGGCAUCGUUCCCACUGCCAGUAUGUCAAGGGUCUGUGUUGAUUUCUGGUUCCAUAUGUACGGUGCAAACAUGGGAACGCUUAAUAUCAAGGCCAGGAUCGGUGAUGAUCUGAAAGGGGCUUUCUGGACCAGGUCUGGUGAUCAGCCUGAUAAAUGGUUCCAUGGACAAGCUGAUUACCAGUCAACUCAAGACUUCAAGGUAAGAAUAUAUAAAAUAUCUAAGAUUGGUGAUGGUCUGAAAGGAGCCUUCUGGACCAGGUCUGGUGAUCAGCCUGAUAAAUGGUUCUAUGGACAAGCUGAUUACCAGUCAACUCAAGACUUCAAGGUAAGAAUCUAUAGAAUAUCUAAGAUUGGAGAUGAUCUGAUGGGUUCUAUCUGGACCAGGUCUGAUGAUCAGUCUGAUAAAUGGUUCCAUGGACAAGCUGAUUACCAGUCAACUCAAGACUUCAAGUCUGAUAAAUGGUUCCAUGGACAAGCUGAUUACCAGUCAACUCAAGACUUCAAGGUUAGAAUCUAUAGAAUAUCUAAGAUUGGAGAUGAUCUGAUGGGUUCUAUCUGGACCAGGUCUGAUGAUCAGUCUGAUAAAUGGUUCCAUGGACAAGCUGAUUACCACUCAACUCAAGACUUCAAGAUUGUGUUUGAAGGUGUCAUUGGUAAGGACUAUUACAGCGACAUGGCUUUAGAUGACGUCACAAUAUACGCUGGUGAAUGCCAAGGAAUCCAUGAAUGCACCUUCGAGUAUGAGGACCUAUGUGGGUAUGUGCAGCUAACGUCUGAUGACUUUGAUUGGACCUGGGGCAGCGGUUCCACUGCGACCCCUUAUACCGGACCUUCUAAAGACGUCUCUACUGGCACAAUGGAAGGUCACUAUUUGUACAUCGAUGCCAGCGAACAGUCUACAGGAGACGUAACCAGAAUGAGAACACCAGAUCUAGACCCCUCUGAUGCUAAAACAGAUCUGUGCUGGAGCUUCUACUAUCAUAUGUUCGGAGAUGAUAUUGGUCAGCUCAAUGUCUUUGUCGAUGGAGAUGACACCCCUAUCUGGUCACUCGGUGGAAGCAACCUAGGUGAUGCCUGGUUCUACGGAGUGUUCAACGUCACUAGCUUCGUGACCUAUACUUUGACCUUUGAGGGGGUCGUAGGUCAAGGGUCAGCCGGUGAUAUUGCCAUCGAUGACAUUGACUUCAAGAAGGGCUCCUGCGAUCCAAGAGGGACGUGUGAUUUUGAAGAUGGGAUGUGCGCUUGGCAGAAUAUCCCAGGAGACGACUUUGACUGGCAAAGGAAACAGGGAUCUACUUCAGACUCUGGAACCGGUCCCAAUGUGGAUCAUACCAAAAAUACUGUUGAAGGUUUCUACGUCUACACGGAGUCCAGCUCACCCCAGGGACCAGGCGACGAGGCCCUUCUCUACCUCGGUAUCCCGGAUGUGACUGGUAUACAAUGCCUUCGAUUCUGGUUCCAUAUGCUAGGCAGUGGUAUGGGUGAACUCCUGGUGUACACGUCUAACUCCUCCAUACUGGUUCCAACCGGUCGGGAUAUGUGGCGACUGGUCGGUAGCCAAUCGGAGGAUCAGUAUACCUGGCUUCAUGGACAGGUCGCUGUCGACUUUGAUUUUGCAAGUCAAAUUUAUUUUGUUGGUGUUGUUGGGUCUAGCAAAUCAGAUAUGGCUUUAGAUGAUAUCUCUAUUGAUGGAGGCAUGUGUGACAUACAACCUCCUGAAGCAGACCCAUCGACAGGCAUACAACCCAUGUCAUGUGACUUCGAUGAUAACAAUCUAUGCAGCUGGACUCAAGACCGUGAAGAUGAUUUUAACUGGAUCUUAAACAGUGAAGAUACAGACACAUCUCAGACAGGACCAGAGAGGGACCAAUCAGGAACAGGGUAUUACAUCUAUGUCGAUGCUUCACAGCAAACUGAAGGUGACGUCACAAGGCUCCUAUCACCGGCACGUGACACUACGGGUGAAUCGGUGCUGUGUCUUCAGUUUUAUUUCCAUAUGUAUGGUAAUGGCAUGGGGACACUGAAUGUAAGAUCGGUGGGCGCAGGCGGCACGGGCGAGACCAUUUUCACCAAAGGGGGGAGUGACAUGGGCGAUAUGUGGAACGAGGCCUUUGUGAAUGUUAUACCGAACGAUGUCGAGUUUCAUUUAGUGUUUGAAGGCGUUCGAGGAUCGACUAGUGCCGGUGAUUUAGCUGUUGAUGGCAUUACUGUUAGUGAUGGGUUCUGUCCACCUACAAAAUCUGCUACUACUACUACGACGACGACGACGACUACUACUACUACUACUACUACUACUACUACCACUACCACUACUACUACUACUACUACUACUAUGGUUGUCUAUGAUUCUAUCUCUGUCUUUUCUUUUGUAUAUUUUCUAGGAACAUGUGAUUUUGAGCUUGGAUUGUGUGGAUGGCGGCAGGAGCCCUCUACGGAUGAUUUUGAUUGGUCUAGAGAUGCCGGAAGUGACGUACCUCAUGGAAACGAUCCUUUCAUUGAUCAUACUACAGGCUCAGACACAGGUCAUUUCAUCUAUGCGGACCAGUCUCUUGGUACGGCAGGAGACAGAGCCCUUCUCUACAGCGGACCCUUCGAUGCCACACCUGUAGGCGACUGUAUGACGUUCUGGUAUCAUGUAGCCAGUGCAGAUAGGUCAGUGGGUAGCAUACGGGUAUGGGAGCUGAUCGAAGGCAAGCUUGUUGGGCCAUACUGGAUGUCAGGGUCUGGUGUUCAGACUAACUUCUGGAUGCAGGCGAAGACCAAUGUCAAGGCCACCUCUGCUUUUGAGGUUGUUUUAGAAGCCCAAUUGAGUGACAGCACCGACCAAUGGCUGGCCGUUGAUGACGUCAUAAUUGAUAGCGAGCCUUGUCCGCAUCCGGGUUUUUGCGAUUUUGAGGACAAUGACUACUGUUACUGGUCCAAUACGAAGAAAGGAGAUGAGAGAGAUUGGGAGCUGAAUCGUGGAUCUACAGGAAGUGACGACACAGGACCAAGCAAAGAUCAUACUACAGGCACUAAUCAAGGACACUACGUUUAUAUUGAUGCUACCGAUUUCAGACAAGGUGACACUGCCUGGCUUGAGAGUGAGACACUCCCUUCAGCAGAUACUUGCUUCAAGUAUUGGUACCACAUGUUUGGCAAAGGUACGGGUUCCCUCAACGUCUACACUAGAGACCAAGUCAACCAAGAGAUGGCGUUAGAAUGGUCAGAGAGCGCUGACCAUGGAGAUCGUUGGUUGGAGGGUCAGAUCUCUCUGUCCAGCCAGAACUCCUUCAAUAUCAUCAUGGAGGCAACAUUCGGAGGCAGUUUUGCGGGAGAUGUGGCCUUAGAUGAUACCUUUAUAACACAGACAGGGCUGUGCAAUGAUACUGGUGCCAUCGCUUGUGACUUUGAGGCUGGUAUGUGUGGGUACACUCAAGAGACUGAUGAUGAAUUUGAUUGGACUAGAUGGAGUGGAGCCACACCCACACAGGAGACUGGUCCUUCGGUUGACCAUACUACAGAGACAGCGGAUGGUUAUUAUGUGUUCAUUGAAACCUCUGGACGCCAGGCUAAUAACAAGGCUCGUCUGACCACGCCCAUGGUUCAAUCCUCAGCGAGUCAAUGUGUGACGUUUUGGUAUCACAUGUAUGGUAUGGCAGUGGACGCCCUCAAUGUCUAUACCCGACGCAAUGAUGGUCAGCCGCAGCUUAGACUUGUAUGGACCAUGGUAGGGGAGCGGUCUGGUGAUUGGUUGCUAGGUAACGUGCAGCUCAAUGAACCAAUCAGAUAUCAGGUGGUUUUCGAAGGAGUGGUUGGUCAGAUCUACUUCGGGGAUAUAGCCCUGGAUGAUGUUAGUAUAUACGAUGGACAAUGUCCAGCAACAUCGACCUGUGAGUUUGAAAGCCCAAGUAUAUGUGGUUACCGUAACGACCAAACCGAUGAUUUCGAUUGGUUGCGAUGGUCUGGGGCCACGCCCACAGACAAUACAGGACCCUCAGAGGAUGUGACGUAUAACACACAAUACGGUCACUACAUGUAUAUUGAAGCUGAUCCGCCUCAACUUGAGGGUGAUACGGCUCGUCUGAUUGGUCCACACAUGUCACAUGACUCAGAUACGUCAUCAUGCUGGUCGUUUUACUAUUACAUGAACGGGAAGAACAUUGGCAGUCUCGAAAUCCUGCUGAACGCUAAUUCCGCCGUCCCCUCCACACUGAUGACUGUAUCUGGGAACCAGGGACCGUACUGGAAGAGGGAAUCGAUUGAGGUUCAUUCUAAUGGAUAUGAAAUCAUCUUUCGGGGCGUGGUCGGGAAUGGAACAGAGGGCGACAUCGCUAUUGACUCCGUAGAUGCCGUCGAAAGAAGUUGUUUGAGCUGUGACUUUGAGGAGAGCUUCUGUAGCUGGGAGAACGUAGAGGGCAGUGACUUUAAUUGGAUCCGAUGGAAAGGACCAACUACCACCCCUGGAACAGGACCAGAUACGGACCACACCCUUAGAACACCUGAAGGUUUUUAUCUUCUAAUGAAUUCUGCUGAUCCGCAUGAGUUUGGUCAGUCUGCCAAGCUCUGGACAACGUUCUCUCCUUCCACCGAGGCUCAAGAUAUGUGUCUUACGUUCUGGUACAGUAUGACUGGAAGCGACACAGGAACGCUCCAACUCUUCAGAGAUGAAAUGGAAGGUGGUAGUAAGACGUUAAUCUGGAGGCUGAGAGGUCAACAGAGCUCUUCCGGUUGGUUGCAAGCUACCGUACCUUACAGCAAAGCUGCGACGUUUGAGUUCCAAGGUAUCGUUGGUAAUGGAAACCGAAGUGAUAUUGGAUUAGAUGAUCUGAACCCUGUAUCAGGAACAUGUGAUGUAACUCCACCUGCGGCAAGGGUUGAACUCCCCAGCACAUCACCCAUAAUGCCCCGUACAACUAUUACGUCAGUAACACGCUCUGGGACUGGAACUCCCAAGGCAACAGAGGGCGCACCUCUGCCAACGUUCACCACAUCGGGUCAGACAGAGCAGCCCAAGACAGAGACAACUGUGACCAAUGUGAUGCGAACAGAAGGCCAAAAGGGAGCUGAGCCUCUAGCUAUAGCCCUUGGGGUGACUGGCGGGAUCGUAGCCGUCAUCUUACUGGUGAUCGUUGCUUGGUUUAUUACUAAAAGACGCUCAAGUUAUAAACUGGAGAUAGAAACCCUUCAUACUAACAUGGAAAACCCCACAUAUGACCCUGACGGGCUCGGGGGAGAUAUUGUGUUGAGAGACAUGGAGAAAAGUCCGGUAGAAAUAGAACCACGUUACCAGUCCUUUGCUCCCGUAGUCCAUACGGAUGAGGGAUUUGAGAACCCUACCUACGCACGUAUGACGUCACCAGAUGACACCGACAUAUAAAUGACGUCAUAAUAAACAUGGUCCACUAGGGAUCGUAUGAUUUUCAUCUUCUGUAACAAUGUGACGUCAUAUCCUUGCCUCUUACAUGAGGUCAGCAGGUGACACCGAUAUAUAAAUGACGUCAUUAUAAACAUAGUCCACCAGGGAUCAUAUGAUUUUCUUCUUCUGUAACAAUGUGACGUCAUAUCCUCACCUCUUACAUGUCUCAUGAGAACAGGACAUCAUUCAAAGUAUCAGAUGAAAAUAAAGCCCAAUCGAGGGAAAUUAAUAUAUGGAUGACCAACUUUAGGCGAUUCACAUUGCAGACUUGGGUAAUGUGUAAAGCACAAUCAAUCGCCUUUUCACUAUACAACUGAGCAAAAAUCAUCAAAGUGGGAGUAUAAUUGCCUCAAAGUCGGUCGUAGAACCAAUUACACUCAUUAAGAACAAUUUUAAAAACGCAUUAGUUGUGCUUAUCGCAUAGGGGUCUCUUGUUUCGAAACUUAGAAAGAAAUUCCACCAAAUAAACCUCAGUGGAGCUAAAGAAGCGAUGCAGAUAA